AUGUACAUCAAGCUCUUCAUCACAUUGACUCUUUCAGCUGUUGCUUUGGCUCAAGCUGCGGCGGACCUUCAAACAACAGAACCAGACGCUGUUAACAAGGCGGUAGAAACUACAGAAGAAGUUUCAGUAGAUAUAGACGAAAGUGUUUUUGACCUGGAUGACGAAAGCACAGAGAUCCCACAGUUUGACUAUCCUCACGCCAACGAAACAGAAGUCGUAUCCAAUGAAACGAACGAAACUGUGCCGGAUGUCGACGAAUCCGAGAGUGGUGCUAUGAUGUUGACGAGCGGGUUGCUUUCAGUGUCGGCUGGCGUCGCUGCUGUUGCUGCUUGGUUGUUCUGA